AUGGACGCUGCGGCCAAGGACGCCGGCGAGAUUGCACGCGCGACCGGCUCACCGUCGACGGAAGCAACGCCUCGCCCACUGCCGUUCACCCUGAAGGACGGGAUCACCCAGGAGCUGCAAUGGUUACAGCGAGAUGGCACCCUGGUGCCCGUCAAGACCUCCGAGUGGGCCGCUCCCAUAGUUGCAGUCCUCAAGCGAGAUGGGAGUGUCAGGAUCUGUUUGGAUUUCAAGGUCACCAUCAACCCCGUCGCUACCGUCGAGAAGUACCCGCUGCCCCGGAUUGCAGAUCUCUGGUCGGCGUUGUCCGGGGGACAGAAGUUCACAAAGCUCGACCUCAGAGACGCUUACCAGCAGCUGGUGCUCCAGGAUGCCUCCCGAAAGUAUGUCACGAUAUCGACAACUUUGGGGCUCUUCCAGUACACGCGCUUACCUUUUGGCGUGGCCUCAGCCCCGGCCAUCUUUCAGAGGGGGAUGGACAACCUCUUCAGGGGCAUGAGGCACGUGGCAGUGUACUUGGACGACAUCCUGGUUACUGGCACCGACGACGGGGACCACCUGCAGAACCUGCACAACGUCCUGGCACGAUUGCACGACGCCUGUCUCAAGCUCAAGCUGGCAAAGUGCGUUUUCCUGGCUCCCAGCGUUGAGUACCUGGGACACGUCAUUUCCCAGGCUGGCCUGUCCCCAGCCCCCCGCAAAGUUGAUGCUGUGCUCCAGACGCCAAAGCCCCACAACAAGAAGGAGCUUCAGAGCUACCUCGGCCUGAUCAACUUCUACAGGAGUUUCCUACCGAAAAUGUCGGCGCAUCUACAGCCCCUCCAUCUUCUACUUCGAGAUGGUCAGCAGUGGACCUGGAAGAAGGAGCAGGAAGUGGCAUUCCAGCGCAGCAAGGAGCUAAUCACCAAGGCUCCAGUGCUGGUGCACUUCGAUCCGGACAAGCCUGUCGUCCUAACAGUAGAUGCGUCGCCGUACGGAGUGGGAGCCGUCCUGGCGCACCGGGACAAUGAUGGCCAGGAACGCCCUGUGUCGUUUGCUUCCCGUCGGCUUCUUGCUGCAGAGCAACGUUACAGCCAGCUGGAUAAGGAAGGCCUGGCCCUGAAGUUCGGGCCGCUGCUGGGUCUGCUGGGGCCGGACAAGGCGGUUCCCGUGCAGGCCUCGCCUCGAGUGGUACGCUGGGCCUUGAGGCUUGCGGCCUACAACUACCGGCUGGUCUACCGUCCGGGAAAGGACCUGGGACCUGCUGAUGCCCUUAGCCGCCUGCCCCUGCCGGAGGUGCCAGCUGCUGCUCCAGAGCCUGCUGAACUGUUCAUGCUGGAGCGCGCGUACCCGGAGGUACUCUCCAGAUCUGCGGUGUCACAGGCGACCACUCGGAAUCCAGUCCUGUCCCAGGUGGUCAAGGCGGUGUCCCGAGGGGAUGAGUUGGUGCAGCAGGCUUACAGCCACAAGGCUGCCGAGCUGAGCCUGCAGCAGGGCUGCCUACUCUGGGGUUUCUGGGUGGUGAUCCCACAAAGUAUCCGGUCCAGGGUCUUGCAGUUGCUGCACGCGGGUCAUCCUGGUGUAGAAAAGACGAAGAUGGUGGCCCGUUCUCACGUUUGGUGGCCUGGCCUGGACCAGGACAUUGCUCACAUGGGGCAGAGCUCCCAGGUCUGCCAGGAGCACCAGUGGGCCUCACGUCAUGUGGAGAUCACCCCCUGGCCAUUCACACAGAGACCCUGGUUCCGCUUACAUGUGGAUUUUGGGGGUCCCUUCAAGGGCCACUACUUCCUGGCGCGACAGGUCUCCGCUGCCCAUUGGUUGCCGGACGUCAUCAUGUCCGACAAUGGCCCCGCUUUCGCCAGCACAGAGUACCUGGCCUGGCUGACAAAGAACGGAAUUCGCCGGAUGAUGGUUCCGCCGUACCACCCUGCUUCGAACGGUGCAGCCGAGCGCGUGAUACAGACAAUCAAGGACAAACUGAAAAAGUGUAAGUCUGGAGAUUUCCGGACGCUGGUUGCCCGGGCCCUGUUUCAGUACCGGACCACGCCCCACGACGGCACUGGCCGUGCCCCCUGCGAGCUCCUGCUGGGUCGGAUGGUAAUGACACCCUUGGACGUCCUGCAUCCGGACAUCCGGUCCAAAGCGCUCCUAAAACAGUUGAAGCAGAAGCUGGCUGCUGACAGAGGGUGCCGUCCCGGGCCUUUGCCGGAGCCGGGAGCUCCGGUCUUCACCAGGAAUUACCGUCCUGGUCCACCCUGGUCCGCCAGAGAGGUGCUAUCUCCUGCCAGUGCCUCAUCGCUGCUCGUCCGCAUGCCGGACGGGAACACGUGGCACCGGCACGCCGACCAUGUUCAGCCUCGCAUCGUGACCCAGCCUGCAACCUUGGGCGCGACUUCAUAA